AUGAGCAAAAAUUCAGUCGCAUGCCAUUCUAUUGGCAACACCAAUACUCAGCCACAAUUGCAUAGGACUUACCAAGUUGUGGUUGCUGCAACUCGUGAUAUGGGCAUUGGGAAAGAUGGCAAGUUACCGUGGAAAUUGCCUUCAGAUCUUAAGUUUUUCAAGGAGAUAACAAUGACUACUUCAGAUCCGGAGAAAAAGAAUGCCGUUAUAAUGGGGAGGAAAACUUGGGAAAGCAUUCCCCCUCAAUUUCGACCUUUGCCAGGUCGCCUCAAUGUAAUACUCACUCGUUCUGGGAGUUCUGAUAUUGCUACUGCAGAUAAUGUCAUCAUAUGUGGUAGUAUUCCAUCUGCUCUAAAAUUGUUAUCAGAACCCCCAUACAAUAUUUUGAUACAGAAGGUUUUCAUGAUAGGAGGUGGCCAGAUAUUAGGGGAAGCACUUAAUGCUCCGGAAUGUGAUGCUGUCCACAUGACUGAAAUAGAGAGUCAUAUGGAAUGUGACACUUUUAUUCCUCCAGUUGAUCUGUCGGUCUAUCAGCCAUGGUACAUGUCGUCGCCCGUGGUGGAGAACAAAAUCCGAUAUUUUUUUGUGACUUUUGUACGUUUGAAGACUUCCACUAUGGGACCUACCAAUUCCAGCCUUGAGGUGAGUUAUACGGGUAGUAUUUCAGACUACAAGAAGCUCAAAGUCUCGAAUUUCACUUUCCUGCCGAAGAUGAUAUUUGAGAAGCACGAGGAGUUUCUCUAUUUGAAAUUGGUUCAAGAUAUUAUUUCAAAUGGCAAUGACAAAGGUGACCGGACAGGUGCUGGUACUCUUUCAAAAUUUGGGUGCCAGAUGCGCUUUAAUCUACGGAAAUCUUUUCCACUUCUCACUACUAAGAGUGUUUUUUGGCGAGGAGUUGUUGAAGAGCUUUUGUGGUUUAUUAGUGGAUCUACCAAUGCUAAGGUUCUACAGGAAAAAGCCAUUAAUAUAUGGGAUGGAAAUGCAUCCAGGGAAUACCUUGACAGUAUAGGACUUACAGACAGGGAAGAGGGUGAUUUAGGGCCAGUAUAUGGGUUUCAAUGGAGGCACUUUGGUGCCAGCUACACCAACAUGCAUGCUGACUACACUGGCCAAGGAUUUGAUCAAUUAUUAGAUGUCAUAGACAAGAUCAAGAAUGAACCCAAUGACAGGCGAAUUAUUCUCUCUGCUUGGAAUCCUUCUGAUCUCAAGUUGAUGGCAUUACCCCCUUGCCACAUGUUUGCACAGUUUUAUGUAGCCAAUGGCGAGCUAUCGUGUCAGAUGUAUCAGCGCUCGGCUGAUAUGGGUCUUGGGGUGCCUUUUAACAUCGCAACAUAUGCUCUAUUGACAUGCAUGAUUGCUCAUGUUUGUGGUCUUGUUCCAGGUGAUUUAAUCCAUAUAAUUGGAGAUGCUCAUGUUUAUAAGACACAUAUCAGUCAUCUACAGGAGCAACUUAAAAAAAAUCCAAAGCCUUUCCCGUUUUUGAAGAUCAACCCGCAGACAAAGGACAUCGAUUCAUUUGACCGAAAGACAAAUACUGUGGACAAAGGUUUGAGACACAGGAAAUAUAGUUGGGAUUCUGCAGAUAAUGAGCACCUGUAG